UUAAUUAAAUGCGCUGAAAAUUGUCAUCACAAAAAAUUAGCACACAAAAUGGAACCUCAAGUCGUCCUUCCCCCAAUGAACGUCACGUCUUCCUCCACGGCCUCACUUACCAGCUCGGGAAGCACGCUUAUCACCUCAGAUCCCGCAGUGGGAGGACAAGAUGAAGGGACAGAUUCUCUCAUGAGAGACCAAAUUGGCAUAAAACCUCAAGCUCCAGGACAGAAUAUUUGUAAAUAUUGUGGAAAAGAAAUUGAUGACCCGGAAGAGAAGAAUAUUCCAUCGAACGUGGCCUGGCUGUCUUUCUCGUUCCUGUUCCUAUGUUGUCUUUGGUGGUUAUCUUGGGUCCCCUUCAUCGUGGACAAUAAGAGAUGCAAUAUUUGCAAAACAGCCGUUAAGGUUUGUCCCCAUUGUUAUCGACGUAUCGACCGACCUCCCGUUUAACAUCUCCCCUGUGGAUUAAGUGGGAGAAGAGGAAAUAAUAAAGGUACAAAUUGACAUCAGCAGGGAUUCGGAAACAAGUUGGUAGAAUUUUUUACAAGUAAAAAUACAGAGAAUAAAAUAACUUGUGUUCAACUUCGUAAUAACACUUACGAUAUAUUUCAUCUCGCCUCAAGGUACACAUAAAUCGAUACUCAAAUAUUCGGAGAGUGGUG